CCCGAAGACAGGAGCGGGACGGGACGGCGAGGUCUGCCGCCGGACGAGGCUACGUGUCUGCGGUGCUAAUUUGGUCCUGCUCUGUUUCAGCAUCGCGUCGCUAUGACAACCGCUCUGGGGGCCCCCAAUCACGCGUGCUUUCCCCUUUCCCAGGGUCGCGCGCAGGCCCCCCACAGGAACCUCCAGUGGAAGAGCAGCGGAUCACACGGGCGGAGAAAGCUCCCGACUUCGGAGAAAACUUUGCGAGGAAUCGCCGCGAGAAAUUUCAAAGACGAUGUUCACUCUGACAGAGCUGGCCUCCCUCAGCGAGAGGCAGAGCAGCUACAAGAUCCUGAAGCCCUGGUGGGACGUCUUCAUGGAGUACCUGGUCCUGCUGAUGCUCAUGGUGUCCGUGCUGGCGGGCACCCUGCUGCUGUCCCGCGACCAGGUGGUGUGUCUGCCCUCCGACCCCCCCUCCCAGGCUCCGGGCAACGGGUCCCAGCCCAGUCAGGAGCCCCCCCGCGCUCGCCAGGAGCCCUCCAAUUCCAACUCCCAUCCCCAGACCUCCCCUGCAGUACCCCACCCUACCCCCAGGGGGCGCCGCACCCACCUCGACUACCAGCAGUACGUGUACAUCAGCCAGGUGUGCUACCACCACGCCCUGCCCUGGUACUCCCGCUUCUUCCCCUACGUGGCUCUGCUGCACUCCCUGGCUCUGCUGGCCAGUGGCAGCUUCUGGUUCAAGUACCCCAAGACCUCGGCCAGGAUCGAGCACUUCAUCGCCGUGCUGGGGAAGUGCUUCGAGUCCCCCUGGACGUCCCGCGCGCUGUCGCACACGGCCUGGCAGGACUCCACCCAGACCAGGGCCGAGGGGACGCGGCUCCGGCUCAACUCCCUCGCGGGACGGCCCAGCCUGGACUCCGGGACCGACAGCCCCCUGCUGGGCCGGGAGGGGAGCGCGCAGCCCGCCGCAGCCCCCGUCCCUCCCCCGUCCCCGUCCCCGUCCCUGCACCCCCAGCCCCUGUCCUCGACGGCCCGCGCGCUGUUCGAGAGGGUGCGCAGGUUCCGGGCGCACAGCGAGGAGGGCGACCUGGUGUACAAGGUGUAUGUGGCUCAGACGGUGUUCAAGGUUGUGAAGUUUGUGCUGAUCGUGAGCUACACCUCUCCCCUGCUGGGCUCCAUCUCCUUCACUCACGAGUGUCGGCCGCAGAUCCACGCGCUGACGGGCUACAGCGCCUUCCGCUGCACGCACGACCUGGCCAGCGUCCUGCGCAAGCUGCUGCUGUCCUACCUGGCCCUGGUGUGGCUGUACGGGCUGCUGGGGCUCUACACUCUCUGCUGGAUAUUCCGCAGGUCCCUGCGGGAGUACUCUUUCCAGCGCGUGCGUGAGGAGAGCUCGAUCCGCGACGUGCCGGACGUGAGGAACGACUUUGCCUUCCUGCUGCACCUGGCUGACCAGUACGACCCGCUGCCCGGCCAGCGGCUGGCCGUCUUCCUGUCGCCCGGCAGCGAGACGCGGCUGCUGGAGGAGAGCCUGGAGCAGCAGUGGGGUGCGGAGAGGCUGCGGGGCCUGGUGACCCGGGACCACCGCGGCCGCACCCAGCUGCACCUGUGUGGCCUGCCCCGCCUGCCACCUGCCCUCUUCUCCCUGGGCCAGCUGGAGGUGCUGAAGCUGGAGCUGAUCCCCGAGGCCAGGCUGACCGCACAGGUGUCCCGCAUGACCGCACUCCGGUACGGGACUGAAAGAGAGUGUGAGUGAGUGUG